AUGAGUUUCAAUGGAGUGCUACGCCUGGGCACACCAGAGGCUCAAGAUCAUUUGAAGCUGGCUAAGGGAGAUGUCGAUGUCUCUUCAACCUCACGGGAGAAAGCAAAAGCCUUGAGAGAGGAGUUGAUUACAGCGCCACUUUUUACUUUAGGGGCCUGCGAAAGUCUUGAAAGCACAGCUGAAGAUGACGGCGAGAAUCAACAGUCCGUUCAAUAUGGACUCCUUGGGUUGCGGCUUCAUGGUGUCAACAACCUCUCGGAGCAAGAUGAUCUUGUUUACGCCAAUGUGUCAGCACCAUGGUCUGCCUUCAUUUGCGGUAGCCAGGGAUCCGGAAAAAGCCAUACUCUGUCCUGCCUCCUCGAGAAUGCGCUCAUCACUCCCCCGCCGGCUGGAAAUUUGGCUUCUCCUCUUGCUGGCAUGGUCAUGCAUUACGACAAGUUUACCGCAUUUUCCAGCACGCAGCUGUGCGAAGCGGCGCAUCUUUGCUCUUCGGGUAUCCCAGUCAGGGUUCUCGUCUCGCCAACAAAUUAUCUCACCAUGAAGGCCGCAUAUGAAGGGCUUGCAGGCCAGUCGGAUAUGUUGACGGUUGAGCCGUUGUAUCUUCCGCAAAAGGAUCUUAACAUCGGGAUGAUGAAAUCUUUGAUGGGGGUAAACAACUUGGCAGCACAGCCACUCUAUCUCGAGGUGGUGAUGAAAAUCCUUCGUGGGAUGGCCAUUGCAAACCAAGGACGUUCGGGCUUCGACUACCCUCAAUUCAAAUUCUUGCUUCAGUCAGAGCCAUUUAUCCAAGGCCAGAUGGUUCCACUUAACAUGCGCUUGCAAGUUCUGGAAUCUUUCUUCGAGCCAGGUUCGGUUCCAGGUGCUGCAACCACAAGCAUACUGAAGGAGAAUGCCAAGGGAUUGGGGAGUUUUCCUCCUGGAACCCUAACAAUUAUUGAUCUCAGCUGUCCAUUCGUUGGUUCUGAGGACGCUUGUGCUCUCUUCAACAUAGCGCUGUCACUAUUCUUGAAAAAGCGUCACGAAGCUGGUCGAGUGAUCGCCAUGGAUGAGGCCCACAAGUUCAUGGAGUCCACCUCUCCAGAAGCUCUAGAGCUGACCGAAACCCUGCUGUCCGUCGUUCGCCAACAGCGCCACCUUGGCAGCCGAGUCCUGAUUGCAACACAGGAACCAACACUUGCCCCGUCCCUACUCGAGCUCUGCAACGUCACCAUAAUCCAUCGUUUCUCCUCCCCUGCAUGGUAUAAGACCAUCAAGUCCCAUAUCGCAGGUGCUGCUGAGAAUGCCCAUCAUGAACUCGGCUGCGGCCCUCGCGACGAUGUCUUUCACAAGAUUAUUCGACUGGCAACCGGUGAAGCUUUGGUUUUCUGUCCGACCGCUCUGUUGGGUGUUGAUAAGAUUGAAGACGAUGUGAAUGACAAGUCAUCCAAUGACUCUUUUCAGGAGCUUACCCUGAAGGCUCGUUUGAAUAAAUCAGACACGCCAAGCAAUGCUGGCUCUCUGGGCAGCACCGGAAAAAGCACUAGCCCGAUUAUUCCCUCUCGACGGGCUAUUCAACUUGGUCCUGCUCAUGCUCACAUUCGGGUACGCCAGAGAAUUACGGUUGACGGUGGCCGCAGUGUGCUUCAAUUCUGA